CGCCCGCUCACAAUCCACCUUACACCUCUCUCAACCCUCUCUCCGAAAACAAAACCGACACCCCCCGCCCCAAAGCAACCAUGGUCUUCGGAUUCGGAAAGGACUCGGACUCUGAGGAGGAGAAGAAGAAGAAGCAACAAGAGGAGGAGGAGGCCAAGAAGAAGGCCGGACGCCGCCGCCGCCCUGGCAAGAAGGACAGCGACCCUGACACCGAUGAGGAGGACGAAGGUAAGCCUGGCCGCCCGCACGGCCGCCCCGGCCGCAAGAAGGACGACGAGGAAGAGGAAGAGGAGGGCAGGCCUGGCCGCCCGCACGGCCGCCCCGGCCGCAAGAAGAACGACGAGGAGGAGGAAGAGGAGGGCAGGCCUGGCCGCCCGCACGGCCGCCCCGGCGGCAAGAAGGACGACGAGGAAGAGGAAGAGGAAGGCAAGCCUGGCCGCCCGCACGGCCGCCCCGGCCGCAAGGACGACGAGGAGGAGCACGAGGCUCCCGGCCACGGCAGGCCCCAUGGCCGCCCUGGCCGCAAAAACGACGAGGAGGAGGAAGGGAAGCCUGGCCGCCCGCACGGCCGCCCCGGCCGCAAGGACGACGAAGCGGAGCACGAGGCUCCAGGCCACGGCAGGCCCCAGCACGGCCGGCCCCAGCACGGCCGCAAGGAUGAGGAAGACGAACACGAGGCUCCCGGUCACGGCAGGCCCCAGCACGGCAAGCACGGGGCUGGCGCUGCCGCCGGUGCUGGCGCAGCGGGAGCGGCUGCAGCCGGAGCGGCGGCGGCGGCGGGCCACGGGCAGCACAACCAGCAGCAGCAGCAGCAGCAGCAACAGCUACAGCAGCAGCAACAGCAACAGCACCAGGAACAGCACCAGCAACAGCAGCAGCACGCCCCCAGCCACACCACCCCCAUGGAGGUCGACCACAACAGUGAGAACGCCCACGCCGCGGGCGGCCACGGUGGACAAGGCCACGGUGGACAGGGCCACCCGCAGGUGGACCAGAACUCCGAGCAGGCCAAGAUCGAGGAACAGAGGAGGAAGGACGAGGCGGAGCGCAUCAGACUCCAGAAGAUCGCAGACAACCAGCCGCAGCAGCCCCAGCAGCCCCAGCAGCCCCAGCAGCCGCAGCAGCCGCACCACAGCAGCGGCCACAGCAGCGGCUCUGGCGGCACUGUGACGGUCAAGGAGGGAGAGUCCAUCCAGGCUGCCCUCGACGCUGCCUCCCCUGGCACCACGAUCCUGAUCGAGGCUGGCACCUACCACGAGGCCCUGAAGUCCCGGGUGGACGGCACGAAGGAACAGCCCAUCACUCUGCAGGGUCCCAGCAGCGGCCCCACCGCCAUCAUCAAGGGCUCGGACAAGUCGGGCACCUGCGUCGAGAUCAACCACGACUACUAUGUCCUCAACGACUUCACGAUCGACGGACUGAUCAAGGAGGACUGCAACAAAGACAAUGUGAGGGAGUGCUUCCGUGCCAAGUGCCUCGCCGUCAGAGGCAACCGCCAGCCUCGUGACCACACCAACGAGAAGGGCGUCGCGUACAAGUCCGCGGUCGACGGCGUUGUCAUCAAGAACAUGAAGAUCUACAACUGCGGCGGCGAGGGCAUCCGCAUCCGGUACUUCGUCACCAACUGCGUUCUGUUCCACAACCGCAUUACCUCCACCGGCUGCUACGACUUCAAGUUCGACGGGGGUGAACACGGCGUCAAGAACGGAGAGGGCAUCUACGUCGGCACUUCGAGCAAGCAGUGGAACAAGAACGUGACUGACGAGCCAGACGUGUGCCGCUGGACCCGCAUCUAUGAGAACUACAUCGACACACACGGUAACGAGUGCGUGGACGUGAAAGAGGGCGCGGUGGACACCGUCAUCGAGACCAACUACUGCACCGGGCAGCUGGACGAGGACUCUGCCGGCAUCGACUCGCGCGCCAGCUCCACGACCAUCCGCUACAACAAGGUGGUGGGCUGCAAGGGCGCCGGUGUGCGCCUCGGCGGGCACAAGGUCGGCCGCGAGCAGUACGGCAUCAACUGCAAGGUGUACUGCAAUAUCCUCGAGAACAACGAGUACGCCGGGGUGAAGGUCAUGACCGAGCCCAACGAGAUUUGCCAAAACACCAUCAGCGGCAGCGACAAGGCCUUCCGCGGAGAUGCCGCCAAGAGCUUCGAGGAGGGCAGCGAGUGCCCCUUCGACGUGAAGCCCCCCCAGCAGGACAUCGAGACCACCCGGUGGUUCCAGAACUGCAAGCCCUAACUACCGCCGCCGUGGGGCGAAGCGAAGACGAUGAGCGAAAGAGGGAGGCCUGCCCAUCCGGUGGGGGGGGGUUGUCUGUCGAGUUCGGUCGACGGAAAGGGAAUGAUGUGAUCGGCUGUUUUUAUGGUUGAUCUUCUCGUUUUUUGGAGACUUCAAACCUUUCGCAGGUGAUAUGGCCUCGCUUGAUAAAUGCAAAGCUGUCCGUCCGCGUCCGCAUGGGCGGAGAGUGUGACCUGACUAACGACGACGUGUUUUCCUGUUUUGUCGUUCCCGACGUGGUCAGAGAACGACAAGGGAGCGUAAGGUUGAGCUUGUAGAGGAGAUACGGCUGCCUUAUGCAUGUGUUGCGUGUGUUCACUCUCGCGCACGCGAACCGCCGUUUGAUCCAAGACUCGCAAUUCAUGGUUAGUUGCAUGUAUGCGUGCCACUCCCGUCGGUCUGCAGAUUUUAGAUUUGAUCCUCGACACGAUGUGUUGUUUGGUUUGCAUUUUCUGUGACAGCGGGAAUGGUUUUUCGUGUUGUCCCCUUUUGUUUUUCUUGGUAUCGAUGUGUGCCGCGCUGACACCCCGGCGCGCGCAUGUUUUUUGUCCAGUUUUGUCCGCUAGACGACUUAGCGUGUCAUAAAAAUAAAACGCUCAUCUCGGACGUCGAAUGAAGUGUCUUGCUGGUCCUCGUCAGUGCCACUUAAGUUUGGCUAUGGGGGGUUCAAUCAAGCAGCAUGGGAUUGUUUUUUUCUCUUGGCCAGCCCAUGUUUCUUCAUGGGCCUAAAGCUUCCUCUUGUGACCGUUUCAGGAGGUUGUAAUCAGCAAGAGAUGGGGGGGCGGGGACUCGGUGGAUGUGGCGGAGAGGUAAUGGUCUAUACGGUUGGCAACGUUUUGUUUUUUCUGCCGCCGGCGGCGGCUGCCCGAGCGAACGUUUGGAACCGACUGGGUUAGAAGUUUUCUUGCCCGUUUUAUGUGUCCGUUUUGCGUUCAUGUUCCUUGGAUUUUUGGACUUAAGAUCCCCCCGCGUAGUAGAACGUCAAACGUGGGGACGGGAGGAGGUACGUUUUUUGCGAUAGAUGAUGGUACAGCUCACUGAGGAGAAUUGUUUUCAACAAAAAAAGUUGUAUACAUCAUGAUGCCAACUCUUGUCGAGUUAUCUCGUUCGUUCAGUUGAACAGGAGGCACGCACAAGCUCCGUCUUGUCCGCGUGACCGUAUUUUGGUGUGGGGACCAAUGCAUUGCCGCAUGCCGCCCAAAAUGGGACUUGACCUUGCUUCAAGGGAGUUCAGUAAAUAGCACCAAUUGUGAAUGUCGCCCGAUGGUGAAAAUGAUUUCAUUCAAUUGGUGGAUCGAUCGGUUCGAGCUCCACCAAUUCCCUUCUUUCGGGUCGGAAGUACCGGCCCAAGUCGUUCAUUUUCGUAAAUGCCAUUUCUUCAUACUUGGACUGUCUUCAUAUGUCUUCAUACAUACUUGGACUGUCGCAUCCUCCCGAUUCUCCUACAAUAUUCAGACUACAGUACAACAAUUUCGUAUUCUCGUUUUUCUGUCGAUCUGUCUGAGGACAAUCCACAUCGUCAAGCCCUCAAUCAAGAGAGGGUGGAGAGUACCAUCAAACCCGUACAUAAGCGGAGAGCAUACGGUUGUCCGCGACGUGUGGAAGUAGUACAACAGUACAGCACUCAUUGUGAACAACAGCAGCAGCAAGGGCGGGGGUUGGGCGGCACUCUGCCCCCUGCAUAAAAAUUGUACAUCCUUCUGUUGGUUCAGCUUGGUAGGGCGGUGGGAGCACCGCAGAUUGCUGAUUUCAUCAUGGGGGUAUGACACC